CAACACGUUUUAGAUUUAACAGCUGAACCUGACUAAAGAUUCGUCUUCUGGAACAGAACCCUGAGUGACUUGGUUACCGUAAACUGGCUUGUGACUGGAUCAGGAUGGCGACUCGGGUAGUAAGAUCAGAUGACGAGGAAGAUAAUAUGGACUUUGGUGAAUGGACUCCAGUUUCUAGUGGGAGAAGGAGGAAGAAACGGGCGAGACGAAGUUUGUGACAACAGCAAAAGAAGUACUGAAGAGAGCAGUUAAGAGGAUGACAGGAGAAUCGUUAGGGAAAAAAAUGCAACGAGGGAGAAAUUUAAAGUAAUCCUUAAAUUCAGAAAAGAAGAAUUGCAUGUUAAUCUAAGUCCGAUUAUGUUGUCUAGGGAUCUGAAUAAGAAAUGCGUGUCUAGCGUAUUUGUAGGUCUGAUCAAGCACCCCUAAACUUUGUCCCAGCACCGAUAAAAAUAAGUGUUGUACAUCGCCUGAAUAUGAUAAAACGACAAAACAGCACAAUAUUAGGAAGUAUUCGGUUUAAACAUAAUCUUUUAACAAGGACAUUCCAGUCAUUAGCUACAGCCUGAACUUCUGCCCUUGUGAAGGUGCACAUGAUGGGGGCUGGGGCUCAGGCUUUCCUCAAUUUGAGGUGCGGUUGAGCCUUCUUGGCCAAUGAUACUAUGUUGGUAUCCCAGGAGAGGUCCUCUGUGACGUGAACCUGGUGCUGCUCACCCUCUCAACAACAGCACUGUUGAUGGUCUGAGGACAUGCUGGGUGUACACUCUCCUGAAGUCCUCAACAAUCUCUUUUGUCUUGUCCACAUUCAGGGAGAGAUUGUUGUGUGCACCACAUGGCCAGGUAGCUCACCUCACUCCUGUAGUCCAUCUCACCACAGUUGUGUCAUCCGCAGACUUGGUGAGGAGGUUGGAGUUGUGCAUCGCAGUGCAGUUGUGGGUCAGGUGUUGUUGUCGUGGUGAGAUCUAAAGAAAUUCAGGAACAAAUGACAAAGAAAGUCAUUGGGAUCUAUCAGUCUGGAAAAGGUUCUAAAGACAUUUCUACAGCUUUGGGACUCCAGCAAACCACAGUAAGAGCCAUUAUCCACAAAUGGUGAAGACAUAGAACUGUGGUGAACCUUGCCAGGAGUAGCGAUAACUUAUCUAAGAGGUCACAAAAGACCCAAUAACAACAUCCAAAGAACCGAAAGCCUCACUUGUGCCUCAAGAUUAUGUUCCAGAAUUUCAUAUUACAGUAAGGAAAUGGAUCAGUGAGGAAAUAUCUGUUUACGCAGGAGAAGUUAUUGUAAUAUUGUUAACAGUACAGUGGAUCGAAGGAACAAGACCGUUGAGAACAGUUAUAUGCUCGGAUUCAAGUUCAGCAUUAGUCAUUAUACAGGACAAUGAUUCACACAGCAGACCAGAUAUUUUAAUAGAAAUAUAAUACUAUAUAGAAUUCAAAUGACAGUAAUACUUGUAUGGGUACCAGCACACAUUGGACUCAAAGGUAAUGAGAUAGUAGAUGACAAACGAGGUAACAUGAAUUAAAUAGAUCGAUUUCGACGGUGUUAGUAAAUCAGAAAUUAAGGGUAUAAUCAAACAAAGAUUGAGGGAAAGGUGCCAAAAACAAUGAGAGGAGGAGACGACUGGACAGUAGAAAAAACAGAGGCUUGGACAUACUGCACGUAAAAAUACACUAUUAAUAAUAGGAAAACAUAAUACAUGGAACUGUGACUACUGUGGACAAGGAGAGACAUUAGAACACGGAGUACUGCAUUGUCAGAAGUACAGAAUUUGACAACACAACUCUACAUUCUACAACAGAACUCAGCAAGUGAGUGUUACAUCAAUCAUGUUUUGGAUGGAUGGAUGUAUGGAUGAUCAGGUGUUGCUCCUGGCAUCUGUUGGAACCAUUCUACCAGUUUGAGUGCUCCUAAUACCACGGGGACCACGUUCGCCUUAACCUUCCACGUCCAUUCCAGCUGCUCUUUCAACCCUUGGUACUCCUCAACCUUUUUGUGUUCCUUCUUCCUGAUGUUGGCAUCAGCUGGUAUCGCCACAUCUAUCACCACCACCUUCUUCUGUUCUUUGUCCACCACCACUAUGUCUGGUUGGUUAACCAGGAUCUGUUUGUCAGUCUGAAAGCUGAAGUCCCACAGGACCUUUGCCCUGCUGUUGUCAACCACCCUCUGUGGUGUGACCCAUUAGUACUUGGGUAUUUCUAUUAUUCUUGUAGACCAUCCCAGUCACUUGGUUGUGUCUCUUCAUGUACGCUGACCCAGAUAGCAUGCUACAUGCUGCUACUAUGUGCUGGACUGUCUCAGGGGCGUCUUUGCACAUUCUGCACCUUGGGUCUCAUCUACUCUGGUCGACCUUGGCCUCUAUGGAUGUUGUACUUGGGGCCUCUUCUUGUGCUGCCAUGAUCACUAGUCCUCAACCUCCCUUUUUCCGCUUAGUGAACAGUCUCAGUGUUUUACACAUGGGGUGGAACGCUCCGUGCAUGGUAAGGAGCUUUCUUGUCUUGAUAUUUGUGGCUUCUAUCCCCUCCUUUGGCCAGUUUAUGAUCCCAGUGGGGUAUCUGAUGACUGGUAGUGUGUACAUGUUGAUUGCUCGGACCUUGUUCUUACCAUUCAGCCGACUUUCCAGGACUUGCCUUACUCUCUGAAGGUAUUUUGUUGUGGUUGACUUCCCCGUGCCCUCCUCAUGGUUUCAAUUAGCUUGUGGGAUACUGCGAUACUUUGCAUGUUCUCCUUAUGUCUGUGUGAGUACUACGAGACUAAGAUAUGGAGUAGGGAUGUGUGGAGUCAUUCUGGAGAUGUUGUGGGUGCUAUGAGGGAAGAGGGAGUUGGCAUCCAAAUAGGACAUGACCGGGAUGCAGACUGAUGGUCACAGUUUAUGGUAGCCUUUUGUUUUUGUCUGAAUGACAACUGCGAUUUUGGAUACUUUCCACAACAACAUGUCUGUGAGGAGGAGGAGGUUCUAACUAACCAGCAGCUCUGUAACCAGGAGAUGAACUCCAGUGUGGACCAGGAGGAAGCAGAGCCUCCACAGAUUAAAGAGGAACAGGAGGAGCUCUGCACCAGUCAAGAGGGAGAGCAGCUCGUACUGAAGGUGGAGACUGACACCAUUAUGGUGACUCCAGUUUAUGAGGAAAGUAACCACAGUGAACCACAACAAAGUGGUGACCAGCUCCUCUAUUACAAUUCUCCAGAGAAACGAGAUCUGGAAGGAUGGCAGCACAUUCCUUUUCAAAAAGACUUUCCACAGCAACAUGUCUGUAAGGAGGAGAAGGUUCUCACUAACCAGCAGCUCUGUAACCAGGAGAUGAACACCAGUGUGGACCAGGAGGAAGCAGAGCCUCCACAGAUUAAAGAGGAACAGGAGGAGCUCUGCACCAGUCAAGAGGGAGAGCAGCUCGUACUGAAGGAGGAGCCUGACACCAUUAUGGUGAUUCCAGUUUAUGAGGAAAGUAACCACAGUGAACCAGAACAAAGUGGUGACCAGCUCCUCUAUUACAAUUCUCCAGAGAAACGAGAUCAGGAAGGACGGCAGCACGUACAUCCAGAAUCAAGUAGAAAUGCAGAACUGACGCCAAAUAAGGGAUGUGACUUUAACAAUGUAAACAACUUUAUAAACACAGGCAGUAACCUUGUUACUGACACACAAAAAAUGGAUGUUUUUGGAACCCUCCCAGAAAAUAUGUCUCAAAUGAAGAAAAAUCACAAGAACCAAAGUGGUGUGAAUCCAUAUUGUUGUAACACUUGUGGGAAAACUUUCCAUUAUAAUAAUGUUUUGACUAUCCACAUGAGAACUCACACAGGUGAGAAACCUUAUUCUUGCAAAACAUGUGGGAAAAGUUUCCGUCAAAAUGGUGAUUUGACUGUCCAUAUAAGAACUCAUACAGGUGAGAAACCAUAUUCUUGCAAAACAUGUGGGAAAGGUUUCUGUCAAACAAGUCAAUUGACUGUCCACAUGAGAAGUCACACGGGCGAGAAACCAUACGUUUGCAAAAUAUGUGGGAAAUUUUUCAGUCGAACAGAUGGAUUGACUCUCCACAUGAGAACUCAUACAGGCGAGAAGCCGUAUUCUUGCAAAACAUGUGGGAAAUUUUUCAGCAGCAGUGGUUCUUUGACUGUCCACAUGAGAACUCACACAGGGGAGAAACCGUAUUCUUGCAAAACAUGUGGGAAAUGUUUCUGUAAAAGUAGUAAACUGACUGUCCACAUGAGAACUCACACAGGGGAGAAGCCAUACCCUUGCAAAACAUGUGGGAAAUGUUAUCGUAGAAAUAGUGAAUUGACUGCCCACAUGAGAAGUCACACAUGUGAGAAGCCGUAAUAUUGCAAUAUAAGUGGGAAAAGUUUAAAUAUUGCUAGUACUUUUUUUUUUUUUUUUUUUUUUAACACCGCUUUACAAGAUAGGAAACAUUUGUGGAGAAAUACUGUGAAAGGUACACAUGCAGCAAGUAACAUGUCUAGUGUUCAUAUUUAAAGUAAUAGUGUGAAUUUACUGCCUGCCAUACAGCUCAAUGUCUAAUAUUGUUUUAUCUGCCAGAUUCAACAAUGAAUUGGUUGGUCAUAAAUCAUGAA